UCCGUGAAGGCGUUGCUCAAAGAGGCGACGCUUUGAGUUUUGAUUUUGGAAGCUAACGUUAGCCGCCGAAGAUCAGCUGUUGGAAGAUGUCGGUGAAGCGGGGCAUUGGCGACUCUGAGUAUUUAAAGAAGAGGAUUCCACAGAAUCCAAAAUAUCAACAUGUAAAAACACGACUUGAUACAGGCUCCAGCCUGACAAAGUACAUGGAGAGACUAGAGGAGGCAAGGAAAAACUACAGAUAUAGGAAGGGCGAGCUAUUUAAAAGACUGAAAGUGACAACAUUUGCACAGCUGGUAAUCCAAGUUGCUUCAGUGUCAGAUCAGAAUGACAACAUUAAAGAUGAAAUGGUGGGAUUAGAAGAUGAUGUUUCAAUAUUAUCUGCAUCACCGGGCCUCGACCGUCUCUCUGAUCAGAUAAAUGGCUCCCCCCAGCCGACGCUUCUUUCCCCACAGAGUAUCAACAAUGAUGAAUCCGGCGACACUGCGUUUUCUCCUAGAUCUACACUCCAAAGUGUCAUCAGUGGCGUGGGAGAAAUGGAUCUGGACAAGAAUGGACAGAAGAGCAUCCAAAACUCUCCAGUGUCUACCUCCAACAUCACAGAGUGCCCCUACCCCGACUGCCCAUAUCUGUUGCUGGAUGUGCGGGACAGAGAACAGUAUGACCAGUGCCAUAGUAUCAGUGCAUAUAGUUACCCCAUUGCGACCUUAUCAAGGACAAUGAACCCAUACACGAAAGAAGUUCUCGAUUAUAAAAAUGCAUCAGGGAAGAUCAUAAUUUUGUAUGAUGAGGAUGAGAGGAUUGCAAGUCAAGCCGCCACCACCAUGUGUGAGAGAGGCUUUGAGAAUCUCUUCAUGUUGUCAGGGGGUUUAAAAGUGGUUGCUCAGAAGUUCCCUGAGGGAAUGACAACUGGCUCUAUUCCCAUUUCCUGUCUGCCGUCACCCUCGGGACCUGGAGGUCAUAAGCGAUCGGUUCCACAGCAGACGUCACAGCCAGCAGAAAAAAAGUGGCGGUUCACCUCAGAAGACCUCAGCAAAAUCCAGCAUUACCUAGAGGAAGCGUACAUACCCAGUGAGCCCAGCAGUCGUCUCAGCAGCAGAAUGUCCACUAGCAGCGCUCGCUCCAAAGCAUCUACAGUUCGGAGCAGUCGACAAGGCUCGUCCAUAGCAGGAUCAGAAAGUGCUCGUUCACGGAGUAGUCGACCUUGGAAAUAACCCUCAGUUUCACCUUCAUCAUUGUCAUCUUCACUCUAAUGCAAAUAAAGCCUUUAUAUUUUACUUUUGCAGGAUUCCUGUGAACAUGGACACUCUAAACUACUGUUUUGUUUUUUGUUUUUUUUAAGUUCACUCUUAUUAUGCCACAUGCACAUUCUCAGAACUACACUGGGAGAAACUGAACAUUUCUUGGUUCUGGUAGUACACACAAAUGGCACUAUUUUAUUGUUAUUUCAGUUUAUUCACAAAUCUUUGCACUGCAGACUCUAAAUCCAAACUACAUGUUUAAGAUCUAAAUCUGUUUCUGAUUUGCCACUGUACAUUUUUUGGCAUCAUUGGCCAUUAAUACUAUAAUGAUGGUACAAGAUGUCUAGGGUUUAGCAUCUUAUCCCUUUUAAUGCAUAUGUAGGUUCUUCUAUAUGUUAUGUAAGUAACAAGCAGGUCUUAGUGGAAGGACUCCACUUCUUGGUGAUCAUCGUUUUUUUGCUUUAACUGUGCUAUGAUAUGAUCUGUUCAUUGAGCAUGCUGUAUGUUUACUUGCUCAGUAGGUACAGUAUGUAUGCCGCAGUGCUUUAGAAAUAUUUUAGAUGUGCUGAUCUUGCCUUAAAGCCAGAGCUUCUCUGUUUGUUCAGUGCAUUUAUUUUAAUGGUCAAUGCUUUCCGAGCCAGUGCGUAAUUUUUCUUUCAUAAUCGGCAUCUACUGAACUGUGAUUUGAAUGUUAUGAAUUGUAGAUGCUAUUGCGGGCAUUAAUGAAGAUGAUGUUUCUGUGUGAAACUUUGCUUUGUCUGUUGCAGAGCCUGAUGAAGGAACUUAAAGUGCAUUUAUUGCAGUCAUUGUAUAUGGAAUGUGUACAUGAAGUGGUAGAAAGUGCUUUGUUUGGCCUUUGUUGUCUGUGUUUCUGUGCUUAUUGACUGAAAUCAGUUAUCCCUGUUCUAUGGUACACUUUGUUUUAUUGACCAAUUAAGUAAUUUAAUUUAAUCUAUACAAUGAAAACUACCUGGUUUGUUACUUUGUAUUAAAGGCUGAAUAAAAGUCAAUUUUAUAU